AUCCUUGUAUUGUGUCGCUGCUCUUCAAUAAACAUCGCUCUUCACUUCUCUUCUGGCGGUCGAUGUUGGAUCGCUCGGUGUACGUGCAUGCCAUAUCGCGCGUGCUUGAGAACGAGCCAUCUCCCCCCUCACAGACAUUUUGAUGCAGGACACCUGCGAUUUAGGUUGUGUGGUGGCGGUUUUUCUCCUCCAAAUCGAACGGCAACGUUAAUUUAUGCUGCGGUCUACAAACGGGGGUUUUCUGUGCUUUUUUCCGCAUCAGAAUUAUUGCUUAAAUGUGCGUCAAAACGGGCUUGUCACUGGAGCGGACAGUACGUGUACGUCAACGACAGCUGGAAUCAAGGGUAGAUAGCAAACUACCGCCGCGCUCGUUUAAAUGUGACGCUUUAUUUCAACGCUACCUGUAUUAACAAUCAUCUCCAUUAUUACCGUGUGCUCAUUGUUAUUUACCAUCUAUCUCUUGAAAUCAGUUGGUAACUAAUCUGGGGGAAGCAUGGCAAAAUCGAAAUGUACCGUCUCCAAUACACCUUGCGACCGCGUCCAACACUUCGGUAUCGUGAGUAGGAUACCGGAUAGCAUGAAGAAGAAGGUAGAGAACGAUGAGUGUAUUUUAUGCGGUGGGGAGUUCGAUCUCGAUCUUGCUCGUCGACAGCAUGAAAAGUACAUCGUUACGAUGCGGAAGCUAAAAGUGAAUAUGUUUGAAUUAGAAGCGGAUGAAGAUACUCCACUAUGUUGUUUCUUAGAUCGUUGCGCAGUUGUACAAGAUGGCAUUGCCGUUAUCUGUAAUAAACCCGCAAAUCGAACACAAGCAGAUAUUAACAAAGAGGUUGACGUGGUCAGAAGAGUUCUUUCAUUUGACCUGGGACAGAAGGUUGUAGACAUGGCUGAGGUAGAGGGCGCCACACUAGACGGAGGAGAUGUGUUAUUCACAGGGAAGGAGUUCUUUGUUGGACUUUCCAAGAGGACCAACAUGAAGGGAGCUCUGUUUCUUGCUGAUACAUUUUCAAACUACCCAGUCUCACCCAUCAAGCUAUCGGAUGGCUCCUUGCACCUGAAAUCAUUCAUGAGCAUGGCUGCACCUGAGGUCAUCGCUGUAGGCUCCAGUAAAGAAGCUCAGAAAGCUCUCAAAGAGAUCGAAUGCAAAGCAACAUUCACUUACAGAAAGAUUACUCUUCCAGACGAUGGUGCAGCUAACUGUGUUUAUGUCAAUAAGACUCUAAUACAUUGUUCUCAUGAGGACUUCCCAGAAAGUGUCAAGAAAUUUGAAGAACUCUUUGGCCACACCCUGAAUCGCAUCGAGAUGCCAAACAGUGAGUUCAAAAAAGUAGAUGGCGCCCUCACAUGUCGAUCCAUACUCAUACAGAAGAAGCCCAAAGCAUGAGCUUGUCCUGAAAAGAAAUUCCAAUCAUGAAAAAUUAAGCAUUAAAUCUAUGUUUGUUCCUGCUGUAGAGAUCAUGUUAGUACAGGAAAUAAAAACAUUCAUGAUAUUGUGUUGCAUAAAGCAGUCUCAUUUCAGUACGUUACUAAUAAUGCAAAGAUUUUCAUUUGGCAGUUUCCAUGUACGAAAUAAAAAGUAAGUCAUUCAGAGCUAGAUUCAUAUGUUACUGAUAUGUUUGCUGUAAUAUUUUACUUUUUGAUGCAGUGUUUUACUAUGUUUUUUUUAGUAUUGAAAUAGCAUGUAGUUCUCAUCUUUCCAUUUUAGUUUUCGAGGCUGAUUAAACUUUGAAUACAUGUUUGUACAUGACAUGAACGUGAAUAAAACAUUUCCUUUGAUCUAAUGUUGCAUUGAAAUCUUGGUAUGAAUGAUGCUAGCCUGAACUCACAUUGGAAGUAUAAACUGGAUAGGUUUUUAUCCAUUUAAGCAUAUCAUAAAUACUGAACAGCCCAUCUAUAGUAUACAUUGUUGAAGAAGAUAUUUUAUUAUAUUACAUUUGGUGCUCAGAAUACUGAGGCUUUUUCUAAACCAUGAUAUUCUGUACUCUAAAUUGGCAACACAAUGAUAGUGACGUAAUCACUAUUUAAAUGCAAUUGGCAACUUUUUUUAAAAUUGUGCUAUUAUCAAAUGUCUUGACUGGUGUUAUAAUCCAUAUCUUUUUUCCAAGUUUUAAGACGAAUAUAUAAAAUUAAUGACUGUUGCCAAUUAAAGGAGACUUUGAGAGCUGCGAACUCCCUUGUGACUUUGGGCUAUUCAUUCUAAUCAAGAAUGAUUUACUAAGAC